AUGGUCAUGGCCAUGGGGGGGAAGCAGGGUGUGACGGAGCGCCUGACAGCCGAGCAGGUCAAGGAGUACAAGGGGGUCUUUGAGAUGUUUGACGAGGAAGGCAACGGGGAGGUGAAGACGGGCGAGCUGGAGCGGCUCAUGAGCCUGCUGGGCAUCAACCCCACCAAGGGCGAGCUGGCUUCCAUGGCCAAGGAUGUGGACCGAGACAACAAAGGCUUCUUCAACUGCGGCAGCUUCCUGGCCCUGAUGGGGAUUUACUGGGAGAAGGCCCAGAACCAGGAGGGCGAGCUCAGGGCUGGUUUCCAAGUCUUUGACAAGGAGGGCAAGGGCUACAUCGACUGGGACACGCUCAAGUACGUGCUCAUGAAUGCCGGUGAGCCCCUCAAUGAGGUGGAGGCCGAGCAGAUGAUGAAGGAGGCCGACAAGGACGGAGAUGGGACCAUCGACUACGAGGAGUUCGUGGCCAUGAUGACCGGAGAGUCCUUCAAGCUAGUCCAGUAGGAGCAGCUGCUUCGGCUGUGGGAGGCCUGCCC